CUCAUCAUUGCGAACUCGUUUCGUUGCCGCCUCGACGCCGGAGCUCUGACGUCUGAUCGACAAACAAUCAAUCGUUCAACAACGACUUACUGAAAAUCACAUUUCAGGCCUUAACACUGCUUGGCCGCCGCAACAUCAUAGAUCUGAUCAUCUAUACUGCGACGCUUGCAACUUCUGCGACGACCGCAGAUCCCGCCGAAUCGAGUUCGCUGAACUACUCGUCGCCAAUCAUUGAACUACAUCCACCACCGCGAUAUCAAUAAAGGUAUUCCGCUACGACUCAUACCACUCGAUCAUCGGUAGCAAUGUCCAACACCGACUUCCUUGGCCGAGCCAUCGAGGCCGUCAAGAAGGCCAUCGAAAAGGACACGGCAGGAGAAUACGAAGAUGCAUACCAAGGAUACUACCAGGCACUUGAAUUAUUCAUGCUGGCGCUCAAAUGGGAGAAGAAUCAGAAGUCAAAGGACAUGAUCCGACAGAAGGCUGCCGAGUAUAUGGAACGCGCCGAGAAACUCAAGACUCAUCUCACGGAACAGGAAGACAAGAAGAAACCAGCAGCAAUGGGCGCAAAUGGGAAGGCAUCCAACGGAGGCGGAAAGGGCAAAGAUGAUGACGACGAACAAGAUGCGGACAGCAAGAAAUUAAGAGGUGCGCUGGCGGGAGCGAUUCUUACGGACAAGCCAAACAUCAAAUGGGAGGACGUCGCAGGUUUGGAGGCAGCAAAGGAGGCCUUGAAGGAGGCCGUCAUCCUACCCAUCAAAUUCCCACAUCUGUUCACUGGAAAGCGGCAACCUUGGAAAGGUAUCCUGCUCUACGGACCGCCUGGAACGGGUAAAUCAUAUCUGGCCAAAGCGGUCGCGACUGAAGCCAACAGCACUUUCUUUUCCGUCAGUUCGUCAGAUCUUGUUUCAAAAUGGAUGGGUGAAUCAGAAAGAUUGGUGAAGCAAUUAUUUAACCUCGCACGUGAGAAUCGACCCUCGAUCAUCUUCAUCGACGAAAUCGAUGCGCUCUGCGGUCCUCGUGGAGAAGGUGAAUCGGAAGCCUCCCGACGUAUCAAAACCGAAUUGCUGGUACAAAUGGACGGUGUCGGUCGCGACAGCAAAGGCGUGCUCAUUCUCGGCGCUACCAAUAUCCCCUGGCAAUUAGACGGUGCCAUCCGAAGACGUUUCCAGCGGAGAGUACACAUCACUCUCCCUGACGUUCCCGCCCGAACCAGGAUGUUUGAACUCGCAGUCGGCUCAACACCCUGUGAGAUGACUGCCGAUGACUACCGCACCCUGGCAAAGCUGUCAGAGGGAUACUCGGGUAGUGACAUCACUAUUGCCGUCCAAGAUGCUCUCAUGCAGCCUGUGCGGAAAAUCCAGACUGCGACGCAUUACAAAAAGGUAUACAUCCUCCCCUUCCGUCCUUGUGAAAUAUUCUUCUCCGGGCGGACAUGGAACAAUACUAAUCGUCGAAUUUUCGCAGGUGAAUGUCGAUGGCAAGGAGAAGCUCACACCCUGCUCACCAGGCGAUGCUGGAGCGAUUGAAAUGACUUGGGUCGAUGUCGAAACCGAUCAACUCCUGGAGCCGCCAUUGUCGGUCAAGGACUUUACCAAAGCCA